AUGCAUUCAUUGUUCGGCCUAUACCUGCUGAAGACUAAGGUAGGCCAGGGUUACGAGUUGACAAACAAAGACUGGUCGACUUCAUCCGAAUUCAAGGGUAAACCGGUACGGGUCGAACUCUUCGAGUUGGUACACCGCAGUACGGAACCACCGCUUGACGAAGCGUUGUGGGGGCGGUUCUGA